AAGUCGACGAGAAAGGUUGGGAGAUCUUCUCUGUUACAAUGGCGAGGAGGCUGGCGGCACAACGAGUGUAUCGCUCGAGGAAAACAAGCGUUCCACAUCAACAACAGCCUCUGCUGGCGUUGGCAACAGCGCUAGCUCUCUUAGUGCGUCGCUUACGGCUGGCCCCCAGAUGAUGAACAAUCAUGGUGGAACGCAAACCACCGAGGCAAGUGGCAUGAUGGCUACGCAACCUCCAAAUCAGGUUACGGUCGAGGCACUACCUUCACACCGAAAAGAUCCGGCAAAAAACUGGAGUCCCAUCGACCGCAUUCUCUUGAUCAAGAAGACACAAGCUGCUGGGCGAAACAAGCUGCAAACACUGAGCGAAUCGCAAGUGGAGUGGGAUGCGAACACAAUAGCAGCUCAGGCCGCUAGCAGCGCGGGGCCUCCUGCGUCAUCUUACUACCACGAUAUCCGAACAUCACCACACUUACAUACGACUCCGGCGGCAGUAGCGGAUCGCACGUGGCGGAGCUGUGCCGUCCAGACGACGGUCACAUCUGAAAUGCAGGAAAAGAAGCGGCAACAGCUAGAAGACCUGCUCGUGGAGGAAUCACGAAAACUUUCAGAAGCAGAAGCGAAUAGCGAAAGAGAGGUAUAUCGUCCAACCUUGAAGAAACUUGUAGUUUACAUGACUAAGUGAAAAAAGAUAUCACACAAUCAAGGAAACAUGGCUCGGUGGAACGACUCCCCUACCAAUCACAAUUUUUCCCUUUUUAGAAUACCAUGUUGAUCGCCACAAACAUGGACCUCAUCUUCUCACUUCUUGACGAAUUAUCUCACAGCGAGCAUCCUUUGCUUCGUCGAUGGCGGAGCAGCAAAGAACCUGGGAGGCACAAGAGGCUGAGUAUGGCGAGCAGGCUGGCAUCCAGCAACAAGCGAUCGAGACCUUGCAGAAGCUCAUGCAGAAUCUGAUGGUAGACAGUGCGCGAGCCCGCACGGAGAUGGAGCAGCUACGAGAAGCUGAGCGGGAGAAACACGCAGCGGAAAUGCGGGAGCGCAUCCUGGAACACGAAGAAGUAGUAAAAAAAUUGAGUGCUGACAAAGAGGAGCUUCUGCGUGCAAAGACGCAAGCCGAAGACGAACGGGACAGUAUGAUGGUGUCGCUCGAAACGGAGCAGGCCCUCUUACUGGCGCGUGUUGAGACAUUGCAAAUGGAGAUGGAGGAGAAGAGGCGUCAAGAGCAACAGCGAUGGCAGUACAAUCCUGGCGCAAGUCCCAAGGGAGGGAAAAUGAUGCACCAGCGAGGCAAUCAUCGUGGAUCUUCUGCAGGAGCUUCGAUGCGCGUGACUGGCGAGAUGCUUGGUGGAUCUAGCGCUGCAGCAUUCGGUGGCUCAACCUUCGGCAGUCAGGGCCCGCAACCCACCUUGGCCGAGUUGGAAAACGAGAUUGAUGCGGCAAUCGCGAUCGGUACUGCUGCUCUCUCCCAACAGCCGGAGAGCAGUCGCAAUCGUGCGCGUGGCUUGAGCAACAGCCCGGUUGCAGUCUCACGUGGCGCAGCACUCAUGCCAGGAACAGCACAGCAGCGCUGUGGGCGACAUGCUGCUCAGCAUAAUUCAAUAGAAGAGAACAGCAAUUUAGAGCAUGGCGGUUUAUCUUCCAGUGCAUCCGCAUCGGGGGGAGCGGCAGCGACGCGCGGAAGCUCAACGGCUAGACCAAGCAUAUUUUCGAGUGAACCCAAGCGGGGAAAUAAUUAUCGUGGGAGCCCGUCUAGACGAAAGUCUGGUGCAGGUUAUUUGGCGCCGAAUAGCACCCACCAAAAUUCCACAACAGCAGCAGCGCCGACCCCGACAGUUUCCGG